CUUUCCUGAAUUAUUAAGCUUGAGGUUUCAUUACAUCUUUGUACCGGAACUUUGGCUUUUGCUGUGGUAUUCAGUGGAAUCAUUAAUUUUCUUUUUAUGACUGCUCAAGAAGUUAUCUAGUUUUGAUUUAACAGUAAAAAAAGGAAAAAAAAGGAAUAGUGGACAGAUCUUGUAUAACAUCUGUAACAUUGAUGUCUGUUUUUUUCCUGGUCUUUGGUCUUCCAUUUCUUGUUUAACCAUUUGGAUAUUCAUGGAUUGGAGUUCCUUUUUCUUACUGAAAACAGAGGAUAGCAGCCACUUAUUCUCAGCAGUUGUUGCCAUUUAUUUAUUUAUUAGCCUCAAGAGAAUGUUUACAAACCCAUUAUGACUGCUUAGUUAGGUUGAGUUACUAGAAAAUUUGUAAAUCCCUAUUGGGUAAGUAGGGUUAAUAGAUGGCUGUAUAGGGAGUCUAAAGUUAAUCCUUUUCACUUCCUUGUUUCUUGGAUUCUGUUCUUUCAAUUUCUGUCCUAGGACUUAUGGAAAGAUCUAGACUAGGAGUCAGGUGUGUUCAAAGACCACCAGUUCUUAUUUGGUAACUUCUCAGUUGUGGGGCCUUGACUUAGUCUCUUAAUCUGCCUUAUUUUUCUUUUUUGCAUCUCUACAUGCUUGGUUUACUGCUAUCAGAAGUGAUGUGAGGUGGGACAGGCUUUCAUAGCCUUGCCUGUUUAAAUUAUUUGUUCUAGAAUCCCUUUUCAGGUUGUCCAAAUUUUCUUUCAGGGUUCAACUGAGUGAGCUCUUCCCAGAAGUCCUCCAUUUUCCCAUUGGGAAUCUUGACCUUCUCUGCUGGUCCAUCUAUUAUAUAGCCCUUUUGAAUUCUGUUCUGCACUUCAUUUGUCACAUGUUGCCUUCUUUAUAGAUUGAAACCUCCAUGAGGGCAAAGAUUGUUCCACAUAGGUUCCUCCCCACCCCAUAGUUGACUUACGACAAAUGUUGGUUGAAUAAAUGAUUAUUGAGGCUGUCUGGAAUGAAUACUUUGGAUGAUGGAAAGAUGCCAAAGAUGAGCAUCUUACCAGAACUUUUAGAUGACUGACCUUUGAUGUUGUUCAGUUACUAAUCCAUGGUUAUCAGUAACUGAAUCAGACACUGGCAAGAUGAAUUGGCCAAGCCUGUUUCUUGGUUUUAUUUCAGAUACUAUUUGUGAAGCAAGUCAGAGGAAUGAAAUGUUGUCAUAACAACCCUGAAUUUGACAUUUGUUCCAUUUCUCGCCCUAUAGCAUGUGGAGGCCUAUCUAUAUCUAACUGCUGUGUAAAGAAUAAAAACUGACUGCACAUCUCUCAGUCCACAUUUCAGCUUGUUUGCGUUGAAGAAUUUGCAAGAGUUUCCCUGGAACCUGGGCUCCUGGAGACGCAGCGCUGGAGCAGAUGGAUAAUGGAGACUGGGGCUAUAUGAUGACUGACCCAGUCACGUUAAAUGUAGGUGGACACUUGUACACAACGUCUCUAACCACUUUGACUCGUUAUCCGGAUUCCAUGCUUGGAGCUAUGUUUGGGGGGGACUUCCCCACAGCUCGAGACCCUCAAGGCAAUUACUUCAUUGAUCGAGAUGGACCUCUUUUCCGAUAUGUCCUCAACUUCUUAAGAACUUCAGAGUUGACCUUACCCCUGGAUUUUAAGGAAUUUGAUCUGCUUCGAAAAGAAGCAGACUUUUACCAGAUUGAGCCAUUGAUUCAGUGUCUCAAUGACCCUAAGCCUUUGUAUCCUAUGGAUACUUUUGAAGAAGUUGUGGAGCUAUCCAGUACUCGGAAGCUUUCUAAGUACUCCAAUCCAGUGGCUGUCAUUAUAACCCAAUUAACCAUCACCACCAAGGUCCAUUCCUUACUAGAAGGCAUCUCAAAUUAUUUUACCAAGUGGAAUAAGCACAUGAUGGACACCAGAGACUGCCAGGUUUCCUUUACUUUUGGACCCUGUGAUUAUCAUCAGGAAGUUUCUCUUAGGGUUCACCUGAUGGAAUACAUUACAAAACAAGGCUUCACAAUCCGCAACACUCGGGUGCAUCACAUGAGUGAGCGGGCCAACGAGAACACGGUGGAGCACAACUGGACUUUCUGCAGACUAGCCCGGAAGACAGAUGACUGAUCUCCAGCUCCACGAGAAGUUCUUGGAAACGACUCCAGGAAAUGGAAGAGACUGAUUUUUGUUUUUAAUUACAGCGUGGGAUUUUUUUUCCUUUUAAAUAUUUGUAUUUAUUUGAAGGCAGUGAGGAUCAGAAGGAAGAUUUGUGCUUUAGCAGAUUCCUCCAUGUUUUGUCCCCUUCAGCCUGAGUAUGCAUGUGCCUGUUCACAGUCUCUAGAUACCUUUUUUAUAAAAAGAAGUCUGAAAAUCAUUAUGGUAUAUAAUCUACCCUUAACAGAGCUUUUUUUUAUUACAGUGCUAAAAUGAUUUCUGAUAAAUGGUCCCUAACUCAGGUAGAAGGCUAAAAAUACAGGAAUGAAAGAAUAAGCAGAGUACUCAUGAUGCCUUUGAGAAAAAUCAAAACAUCAUGUAGGGUGACCUAGUUUCCAAAACAAUAAGUAGUAUUGUAAUAUUAAAGGAGAACUGUUCCAAUCAUUUAAAAGUACUUAUUAAGUACUGCUUUUUACAGUUAUGACAACUGUUUCUUUCUAUGCAUAUAAAUCAAGGAACCAAAUAUCUGUAGCCAUGGAAAUGUCUAACUAGAAAUAUUUAUAUUAGAUUCUGAAUACGAAAUGUCCCUGUGGUAGAAAUCUUAUGCCUGGUGCAGUAUAAUUCCCAAGUGUACUGUUGACCAGGAAAAAAAAAAACCUAAUAAAAAAUGAAAUAUGAAAAUUAA